GCUAUGAUUCGCGUGGCCUCUCUUGGCCCGAUGCUGACAGUUUUGCGUAGGCUACUGGAUGCCGUUUGCUUGUGCCCAAGCCGUCUGUGCUACAUUUUGCUGCUCGAUUGCAGGCGCUCUCAUUCCAAUAUUCGGGCCCCUAUUUCCAUCGCAGUGCAUCCCGCUUGAAGCUCCCGAAAAGGCCCGCAUGCUCAUCAGCCCGGCAAUCGUAGCGCAGUCGAAGCGCGACGCAGCCGAUAACCUCCGCAUCAUCACGAAAAUUGGCCUUCUUCCCAGUCCAACCCCCUCCACCAGGAGCAGCAGCCCGCAGUCGCACUCCCAGGAGCGCCGGCCCAAUAGCAGCCAGGAGAUGCGGCUUAACAGAGGGCUGGACGUGGAUAGUAGCCCCUACUUUUCCGCAACGGAUACAGAUAUCGACCACCAAGAAGUGCGGAGCCGGUACGUGUUUGGACGUGGCCCUCCUCCUCUGCGUAAUGGACCGACAAGCGCCGCGGUAAGCAUGCACACCCCGGGCUGGACGGCGGUGAAUCAGUCCUCCAUGGUCCGUCACCACUAUGCUCAGUACGCCGCGGCCGCACCUCCCCGUUUCCCGGUCGGCAUACCACUUUCCCGCGACCAAAACGGCCAUCAUGAGACCGCAGACCCAUACCUCUCUGCUAUCCCGCGGACUGCUGCUGGGUCCAGUUGCCAGCAGUCUCAUCGGCCGCACUUCCGUCAACCGCUGCCGACGAUGCGCUCCCGGAGAUAUUCCACGCACAACAGGAGCGGCAGCGGCAGCAGCAUCGGUAGUAGCGAUAGAUUAAGCCAAUACCCGGGCCAGCUCCAGCUGUCCCUCCACGUCCAUAGAAGAGGGAAGCGCAGCGUCAGUCAGCUUGGUGACGAUGACGACAGUUAUUCUCGCAGCUUCCACGAUGAUGAGUAUGAUGCCAGCGAGAGCUUGAGCGAGAGCAGUCCUACCGUAACCAUGGCAGCCGAGGAUGGCAACGACGAAGAUCUUGCCGGGCGCGCGCAUCACCACCGCCGGAUUCUUCUCCCCCAUCUUCCUCCUUUUGCCACCAUAUCUCCGCGCCUUGCCCAGGGUCUAGACCGGCAGACGACUACCAACAGCAAUGAGGAAGACGACAGCCGAUCCAGUGACCGCGUCGCAUCCGAGAAGGACGCAGCCAUGGCUCUGAUGCGUUUGAGGGCGCUGAACUCGCAGAAGAGACAGGCGGAUGACGGAAUGGAAGCGGCGCGUCGUCAAAGCCGGGAUCAAAGGACGAGCAAGGGAGGCAGUAUAAGCCAGGACUCGGCCCCAACCUCGCCAUCGCGCCGAGUUGCGACCGCCCCCCAUUCUUCUCCUUCUACCGUCGUUGGAAGUGCCGCUGUCGCCGUCACAAGCGACGCUGACGGCGAAGACGACGAUACCGACACCCGCUCAAGCUACAGCCUCAGGAGACUCAAGAGACGCAGAACAGUCUCGAUGUAAACCCCCUGCCCUUGGCUGCCGAUGGCGGCAUGAUAUGACCCGGACUCCCCUCUCACCCGCUAGUUAUUCUCGUCCCUGAGAUUCUUUUCAGUU